UUCUUUCAAAGGUAUGUAUGAUACUUGUUGCAUAUAAGAUGCUUUCAAAUUGUAGGUAGUUACUGGCUAGUAGAGCAUUUGAAAAAAUGGAUUUUGGGAGUUCUAUUGUUGUGCCAUCAGUUCAAGAGUUGGCAAAGGAAAAUUUGGCAGAUGUUCCACCCAGAUACCUUCGUCCUGAUCAACAAGAGUUGAUCAUCUCUCAAGUUGAUGGUUCGCUAGGAAUCCCUGUCAUUGAUUUUCAAAACUUGCUUUCUAAUGAAGUAGGGAAUGAUGAAUUGACCAAGCUUCACCUUGCUUGUAAAGAAUGGGGUUUCUUCCAGUUGGUAAACCAUGGACUUGACUCAAACAUCUUGGACAAGAUCAAGUUGGAUGUUCAAGAUUUCUUCAAGAUUCCAAUAUCUGAAAAGAAAAAGCUUCGGCAAAGUCCAGGAAAUAUUGAGGGAUUUGGACACGUGUUUGUUGUUUCUGAGGAACAAAAACUUGAUUGGUCAGACAUUUUCAUGAUAUCCACACAUCCAAUUCAUGCAAGGAAUCCUCACUUAUUCCCAAAUCUCCCUCUUCCUUUUAGGGACACCCUUGAAUGUUACUCAGAAGAAAUAAAUAAUAUUGGUGAGACCCUGAUUAGACUUAUAGCAAAAGCUCUAGAAAGCAAGGAAAUAGAAGAAUUGUUUGAAGAUGGGGUGCAGAUUAUAAGGAUAAACUACUAUCCUCCAUGUCCUCAACCAGAGAAAGUUAUUGGCCUGACACCCCAUUCAGAUGGAGGAGGUCUUACCAUCCUCCUUCAAGCUAAUGAUGUAGAAGGGCUCCAAAUAAAGAAAGAUGGUAUGUGGUUUCCUAUUAAACCCCUACCUAAUGCCUUCAUUGUCAACAUUGGAGACAUGCUAGAGAUUAUAACUAAUGGACUAUACCGAAGUAUUGAGCAUCGUGCAGUGGUGAACUCUGAAAAGGAAAGGCUUUCAAUUGCAACAUUCUGCAAUGUGAGAAAAGAUGGUGUUAUAGGUCCGGCAAAGAAUUUGAUCAGUGAACAAACACCAGCACGAUUCAAAAGACUUGAACUAAGAGAGUAUUUGAGGAGUCGUUUUUCUCGUAAACUUGAAGGAAAGUCUCACCUAGAUACCUUGAGAAUAGAGAAUUAUGAUUGAAUUUGUUGAAUCCAGGAAAGCAAUAUUUGCACACAUUAUAAGCAGUAUAUGCACAACAAGAAAGGAGUUAUAGUAAAAUAAGAGUUUAUUACUCAAUGGAUUGUAUACAUCAUUAC